AUGGAAGACUCUUUCACGUUAUUGUUUGCAAUGAAAAAAGAAAGCCUUCGGGACUACUUUAACAAAUUUGGUGAAAUCACGGAGGUUAUGGUUAUGAAAGAUCCCACAACGAGGCGGUCGAGGGGCUUUGGGUUUAUCACAUUCGGCGAUCCCGCCAGCGUAGACAAAGUUUUAGCUCAAGCAACACACGAAUUAGAUGGUAAAAAGAUUGACCCCAAGGUGGCCUUUCCCAGAAGAGCACAUCCAAAGGGACAUUUGACGACACGUUUGGCUCAGUUUGUAGUGAUCCUACUUGCUGUGCCAGCGGUUGGGGGUUCGAGUCCUACUGGGGGCAUUCACUUGUGUGAUGAGUACCACUCCAGUUAUGGGUGUUUAUAUUUA